AAGGAAUCCCUCUUUUUAACUGGGAAAUUUUUUAUUCCGAUCUUGAGAAAAAUAACAAAAUACCCAAUUUUAAUCCGAAAAUAAAAAUAAUAAAUACCGAAGCAUCAUCCACUUUUUUUUUUUGGGCAACCGAAGCAUCAUCCACUUAAAAUCAAGCAUUUUAUAGGAAGAGAUCUGUGAGCUCAUACGUUAUCACCAAUGGCGAAGGAGACAGUGUGUGUAACCGGAGCCAACGGUUUCAUUGGAUCCUGGAUUAUCCGAACAUUACUUGACAACGGAUACACCAAAAUCCACGCCUCCAUCUUUCCAGGAUCCGACCCGACUCAUCUCCUCAAACUACCAAGAUCCGACGACACAAACACCGAGAUCAAGAUCUUCGAAGCAGAUCUCCUGGACUCCGACGCCAUCGCCAGAGCCGUGGACGGAUGCGCUGGAGUGUUCCACGUGGCGUCGCCUUGUGCGUUGGAUCCACCGGAGAAUCCCGAGAAGGAGCUGGUCGAACCAGCGGUUAAGGGAACGAUCAACGUGUUGCUAGCAGCUAAUAGGUUCAAUGUGAGGCGCGUGGUGAUCACUUCCUCUAUCUCGGCUUUGGUUCCGAACCCUAAUUGGUCGGAAGGAAAACUCGUCGAUGAGUCGUCGUGGACCGAUCUCGAUUAUUGCAAGUCGAUGCAGAAAUGGUAUCCAAUUUCGAAGACACUAGCUGAGAAAGCGGCUUGGGAAUUUUCGGAGAAGCAUGGAACCAACAUUGUCACCAUCCAUCCAUCCACAUGCCUCGGACCACUACUGCAACCUAGCCUUAACGCAAGCUGCGCCGUUUUGCUCCAGCUCUUACAAGGCUCGACCGAGACACAAGAGCAUCACUGGCUCGGUGUGGUGCACGUGAGAGAUGUAGCUAAAGCUCACGUGAUGCUUUUCGAAACACCUGAAGCUUCUGGUCGGUUUCUGUGCAGUAAUGGGACUUAUCAGUUCAGUGAGUUCGCUGCUCUAGUGUCCAAACUCUUCCCUGAGUUUGAUGUUCACAGGUUUGAUAAAGAAACACAACCAGGGCUUACGCCAUGUAAAAAUGCGGCUAAGAGAUUGAUUGAGAUGGGGAUGGUUUUUACUGAGGUUGAAGAUGCGGUAAAGGAGACGGUCCAGAGUCUUAGAGACAGAGGCUUCCUCUGAAUGAAUAAAACAUCUUUUAGAGUUCCAAACUCUGUGACCUUUAUUUAUAAUACAAGCAGAGGAACUAAGAAGUAAACUGGUGGUUAAUAUGAUACAUCUAGGUAUUGAGUACAAUGUAUUAUAAUUCAAGUCGUUGUCUGUGAGGUUUUA